UAUCUACUUGAUUUAUGUUUCCUUUCUCUCGAGUGGGAGCCUUUAAAACAGCACAGUUGCUGGUUUUGGUUUAGUUAAACCGACAUCAUGGUGUCAGAGAAAGACGUUCUGGUGGCUGCUGCUGUUUUUGUUGUUGCCCUCAUUUCACACAGUGAGGGUAUAAUUGGUGGCAGAGAGGCGACGCCACACUCUCGGCCCUACAUGGCCUCCAUCCAGGUGCCGGCAGGAGAGGAUUUGAAACAUGAGUGUGGGGGGUUUGUGAUCGCAAAUCAGUGGGUGAUGACUGCAGUACACUGUUUGCCGACAGGGCCAAAUGGAAGGAAAGUAGUGCUGGGCGUCCAUUCUCUGAGUGAACCUGAAGAGACAAAGCAGACCUUUGAUAUUUUGGAACUUUACAACCACCCAAACUUCAGCAUGUCGAAUUACGAUAAUGACAUCGCUUUAAUUAAGCUGAGCCUUCCAUUCAACACCUCUGGAGCUGUUGGAACUGUGGAAUACCUGCGAGCAGGUGGCACAAACCCUGGCACAGACGAGGAAGUCGAAACAGCCGGCUGGGGGUCCACCGAUAACCUGGGGUCCAGACCAGACAAGCUAAAAGAGGUGGUCAUGGAGGUGGUCAGCUCGACUCGGUGCAGACGCAGCGACUAUUUUGGCAGAAAGUUCACCGACAACAUGAUAUGUGCACAUAAAAUUUGCCCAGAUCCUUGUGAUAAACCACAUAAGAAGGAAGACAGUUGUGAUGGCGACUCUGGAGGUCCUCUGCUCUACAAUGGCGUCGCAGUGGGCAUCACCUCCAAUGGAGGAAAGAAGUGUGGCCAACUGAAAAAGCCUGGCAUUUACACCAUCAUCUCCCACUACACUGCCUGGAUUGACAGCAUCAUGGCCUCGAGCAGCUAAAUGAAGGAGCAGCAGCCAUAUUCCCAGCACAGUUCUGCUUGUGCUUGUUUGUCUAUGAAAGCAAUGUGUUUACACGUUGGACAUAAGUGUUCCCUGCUCAUUUGUAACUAAUGCAUGGCUUUAGAGAUAAUCUACAGUAUGAAAAAUACAACCACCUCUACAAACAGAUUAGCCAGAAUGUUAUAUUUCCAACCAUUUUGUCAAUUAACUUUAUAAAGGAUCAAUAAAAUACAGUUGAUCACA